AUGCAUCAACCUCCAAGUUUUGUGGAUAGACGUAACCCGGAUUUUGUUUGCCGACUCAAGAAAUCUUUAUACGGGCUUAAAGAAGCUCCCCGAGCUUGGUAUACCAGGUUUGCAAAUUUUAUUCUUUCACGGGGAUUCAAAAGCAGUGCCUAUGAUAAUUCUCUGUUUAUCUACCAUUGCGGGUCAGAUAUGGCAUAUUUGUUGUUGUAUGUGGAUGAUAUUGUGCUCACAGCUUCUUCCACAACUCUCCUCAGGCAGAUUAUUGAUAUGCUCUCUAGAGAAUUUUCUAUGACAGAUUUGGGUGAUCUUCAUCACUUUCUGGGCAUCACGGCUACUCGCAAGAACAAUGGUCUCUUUUUAUCUCAGGCUCAAUACACAAAAGACAUCAUUGCACGUGCUUCUAUGACGAACUGCAAACCAUGUGUUACCCUGGUCGACUUGGCAGCCAAGCUAAGCGCCACAGAUGGUGCUCCCUUUCAUGAUCCCACACUUUAUAGAAGCUUGGCUGGUGCAUUACAAUACCUAACAUUCACUCGUCCCGACAUUUCCUAUGCGAUCCAACAGAUUUGCCUCUUCAUGCAUGAUCCGCGUGAGCCACAAUUCACUUUUUUGAAGCGUAUUGUUCGGUAUUUGCAGGGCACCAUAGAUUACGGCCUCCACAUAACUUGUUCAGCCAAAACUUCUCUAGUAGCAUACUCUGAUGCAGAUUGGGGCGGGUGUCCAGAUUCACGCCGCUCCACUAGUGGAUAUUGCGUAUUCCUCGGUGAUAACUUAAUCUCUUGGUCCUCCAAGAGACAACCUACCAUUUCAAGAUCCAGCGCAGAGGCAGAAUAUAGAGGUGUUGCUAAUGUUGUUGCUGAGGCCACUUGGAUUCGUAAUCUUCUUCUUGAGCUGCACACUCUGUUACGAUAG